CAUUCACACCCACAACACUUUCUCAUUUCUCAUCUCUUUUCUCUCUCUCUCUCAGCAAUUCCAUACAUUCCAUUCCCUCUCCACCUUCCUCCGCCUUCGAUUUUUCUCACCCUCGUCUUCCUUCUGGCUCCCAACUUUACCAAGAUGAAGCAGUUGAUUCGCCGGCUCGCGCGGGUCGCUGAUUCGUCUCAGUACACUCUGCUCCGAUCCGGCUCGUGCAACCGGCGGCCGCGACUGUCCCAGUCAUUCCGAUUGGUGGCAUCUUCCAAGCUCCGGCGGUCGCACACGGUGCCGGAAGGUCACGUGCCGGUCUACGUAGGUGAUGAGAUGGAAAGAUUCGUGGUCAGCGCGGAGCUUCUGAACCACCCGAUCUUCGUGAAGCUUCUGAACAAAUCGGCUCAGGAGUACGGCUACGAGCAGCAAGGCGUCCUCCGUAUCCCCUGUCAUGUCUUCGUCUUCGAGCGCGUCCUCGAAGCUCUCCGUCUCGGUCUGGGCCACGACGACGACGACGCGCGUGACAUCCACGACCUCCUCAGUUCUCCUUCCUCCGAAGACUUUUGCUAGGAUAUGGCUUCGUUCAGAAAAAGAAAAAGAAAAAAGCAGAGAGAUAGAAACGGAAGAUAGUGGGAUCUUUUUCAUUUUCAUCUUUCUUCACUCUAGUUUGUCUUCUUAUUUUUCCUGUAUAUAUACCUCACCGUCAUCUGAACGAGGACAGAAAUUUUCUUUGUUAAUCUUGCUUCUGGUUGAUAUUGCUGCUCAACGACAACUGAA